AACUGGAGGAGCUGUGAAUCUCUGCAAUCGAGAAGAAGUAGAGAGCGAAAAUGGGGGGAGGAAUGGAGGCGAACAAGAACAGGUUCAUAGAGGAGUGGGGCAGUGCGAGAGAGAAUCUCGAAUACAACUUCCGUUGGACUCGCCGCAACUGGGCCCUUGUCGGCUUGUUCGGAAUUGCCGUCCCCAUCUUCAUCUACAAGGGAAUCGUCAAAGAAUUCCAUAUGCAGGACGAAGAUGCAGGCAGGCCAUAUCGGAAGUUCCUCUAAGUCCAUGCCCAGUUUCUCAAUCAAUAAUAUUUGUGGAUGAAGUAGACUGGUUCUUCAGUACCACAAUGUGAGCAUUUAACCUGUCAUCUGGAAUUGCUUUUGGUCCUUUCAAUAGUUGAUGGUUUAGUAUGUUUUUCCUCCGAAGUUUAAGACUUUCAGCUGCACUUUGAAUUUGAAACAUCUCCUUAUUCGCCCAUAAAAUUGACUAUUCCAAUGUCAUUACAAGUUGUGAAGGAUGCAGGUUUGGUUUAAUGAUUUUUGGUUUUUUCAUCCCAAAAAGGGCAUCAAGCCAACAAUUAGAUGCAAUGAACUACUACUCAAUGG